ACCCGCAGACAGUAGUGACCACAGCGUCUGCACGCUUUACUGCAGCACUCCCCCGCGCUCGCAGACUUCGGACUUGCUUUAUUAAGACUUUGUUCCGUUUUGUUAAUGUUUGAUGUCUGAGAGGAGAGCUGAAUAGGCCACGCCCCUCAUGCGCAGUGACGUCUCCCCGCCCCCCUCCUCCGGUCCUCCGCUGCGCUGUGACGUCAGGGCGGCUCAGAGCCGAGCAGAGCGGAGAGAUCGCGCUGCUGUGGCGGAGAGACAGUCGCUGAGUGCCCGCAGAGAGAGAACGCAGUCCGGGCGGUUAAACACACACGGAGCUCAACGCGGGGGAGAAAACGCGAGGACACGGAGGAACAGAACCGAAAGCUGACCAAACCCCAGAGUUUUCCAUCACCAUCAUGCACGCAGUUGGACGAAUGAGAUUUGAUCAUUUUUCGUAGGACGAAUUACCAAAAACGAGGACGAAACGAGCUGCAGAUUAUUAACGACAACCAAAACCCAUCGAUAUUCUUUAAGGCGAAAAUGGCUAGCACUCAGACGAGCGUGAAAACUCCGUUUAAAGACCCGAUUUCGUUCAAGAACAGCAUGAAGAGGCUGUACCGAGAGAAGCUGGAGGACGCGCCCAUUAAGAAGCGAGUGAUGGCGGAGAUGAAGCUGAAGCGGCGCGGCGGCCUGGACCUGCUGGCCCGGAGCGCCAAAGUGAAGCGGGAGCAGCUGGAGGACGAGUCGCGCUGCGACGGGGAUGCCGAGGAGCAGGAGAUGCAUGCUGGGAAGGCUCUGGAUCUAAGUCCAGGGCUCAAACACACAUUGGCCCAGUUCACCCUCAGCAGCCAGAGCUCUCUUGGUGGCCCGGCUGCUUUUUCGGCCAAAACGGCCCAGGAGGCGAGCCUUCCGGGUGGGAUGGCGCCGCUUCCUUCGCCAUCUUUCCUGGGUGUGGGGCCUUUGCUGGUUCCCUGCGACAGCUCCACCGAGCUCACGCACUCCAUCCUGGAAGGAGAGUCCAUUUCCUGCUUCGUGGUGGGCGGAGAGAAGCGGCUUUGCCUGCCGCAGGUGCUCAACUCAGUUUUGCGAGAUUUCUCCCUGCAGCAGAUCAACGCGGUUUGCGACGAGCUUUACGUCUACUGCUCCCGCUGCGACGCAGACCAGCUGCACAUCCUCAAAGUUUUGGGCAUCCUGCCUUUCAACGCGCCGUCCUGCGGCCUCAUCACGCUGACGGACGCCCAGCGGCUGUGCAACGCCCUGCUGCGCCCGGGGGCUGCCGUGCAGGCUGAGCCGGCUCUGCUGAAAGCGAAGGACGCCGAGUCCGGCUUCCAGGUGGAGCACCAGUGCCUGGGCAAGUGCCAGGGCCUGUUCGUGCCGCAGUUUUACCUGCAGCCGGACGCCCCCUGCGUGCGCUGCCUGGAGUGCCAGCUGCUCUUCUCACCGCAGAACUUCGUCAUGCACUCCCACCGCUCGCCUGACAAAAGGACCUGCCACUGGGGCUUCGACUCGGCCAAGUGGCCCUGCUACCUUCAGCUCAGCCGCAGGUACCAGGGAGCGGCCGAGGAGCCCAAACUCAGACAGCUGCUCGAUGAGAUGAAGAACAAGUUCCACUCGCAGGUGCUGAAGAGGACGCUGGACAAGAAGGCGCUGGACGAUGACCGCCACGUGAGGAAGCCCAGCCCUGAUCUUUGCCCUUCUGCUGAUAAGCUGAGUGAUAAGGAGCUGGAGAAGAAGGGUGAGGACCAGCCUGCGCUCGGCUUCAGUCGCCUGUUUCCCGACAUCAAAGAGGAAGCGGCCCGCGCUCCCAUCGUCCACCCCAGCUACUACCUAUACCCAUACGAUAAGAUGGUGGCGCCCAACGUGUCUCUGCAGAAGGAUGGCGAGGUGGGAGCGGAGGUUCUGGGAGCACUGCUCAAACAGCACUACAGCAGGAGAACACACAACCAGGACAGCCAGCCAGAUCUCCAUGUGUCUCCUUCCUCCGUUGCCGGGGAGGUUAAAUCCUGUCGCCAGGGCGAAACGCCGACCGUUGCCGUGGAGACGGUGUGUGGUAAGGAAGAUGAUAAGGAGCGAAUCGUGCUGGAGAUCGUCCAGAUGUACAACAGACAGCAGGAGAAACUCAACACUACACUGCAUCGGCAACUGCAGCUUGAGACGGAGUUGGAGGUGGUGCGAGGUGGCGAGGCAGCCCAGCUGAGGCAGCUGUCGGUUGAGCACAGCGAGCUGCAGAGUGAGCUGGAGGCCGUUCACACUGAGCAUGCUCAGAAGCUGGGGGAGGUGCGUCAGGAGCAGAGGGAGCUGGAGCGCAGACUGGAGCAGCUCCGACAGCAGGGCUGCACCUGUAAACCUAAAGAGCAGGAGCAGCAGUACACCGCGCAGCUGUGCGAGCUGCGGUGUCGUCUGGAGCGCGCCGAGGCCGAGCGUCAGGAGCUGCAGGACGAGUUGCGACGGGAGCGCGAGGCGCGAGAGAAGCUGGAGCUCAUGAUCACUCAGCUGCAGCAGCAGAUCAUCCGGACCACCAGCAAGACCAGCUCCACGCUGUCCUCCAUGGUGCAGGAGACCAUGGCCAGCUAAACACACACACACGUCAUACACGGAACACACCCCCACACACACACCCAUCCCCGUCACCUCCCCCAUCACAGAGUCCCAGACGCAAGCAGAAUCAGCCCCUCCGGACAGCAAGGACGGGCUUGCGUGUUCAUUUUUUACGUUUAAAAGACUUUAAUAUCUCUUUUAUAAUUUAACAUCACUUUAAACAGAUAUUUUAUGUUGUGUUGUGUCGUUGCCCAUUCUUAGACAGUAUUUAAAACCUUUGUACGUGUUUUAAUUUAUAGUUUUGCUAAUAGGCUGCUUAUUAGAGAAGAGGAGAAGAAGAACUUUUGUUUUUUCUUUCUGUUUUCGCUCCUGGACUGGACUGAAGAAACCGUGGGGCAGUUGGGAAACAGAAUAAACUGAUUAAGAGCCCCAAAGGAGCCAAAAUGACCCCUAAAACACUCACCAGCCACAGCGGAAAACUAGGAUUUUCAACUUUAAUACGAGAAAAAUGAAAUGGUUGAGAAAAACGGGUCCGAAAAGGCCACGACGAGAACUUCGUCCAGAACAUUGCAGCCAUUGUGCUUCUUCGUGGAGGUGAAAGGCGGGAGGAUGGAGGGGCCCCUCUGAGAGAGGCCCUGCUGGCCUCAGACGAUAAUCCUCCUCCUCCUCCCUCCUUUCCCUUUUACUCCCUCCCUUCUUCCCCCCUCUCUCUCUGCCCGGCGCCUGCUGUCUGCUGGUGAUUAGACGUUUCCUGGAUGUUUUCGUUCGCUGUGGAGUUGCACACGUGCGCUUGUUUGCCCCCUGCUGGACACACAAGGACACACAUCAGUAUUCAGCCUCUUCAGUGAACAGAAAUGUGGAGUGAUGUAUUUUCUCGCUCUGUUUGCAGCGUAACAGGUAUAUAUUGUGAGAGUGAGCAGCGCACGCCGAACAGAACCGGGUCUGAUCACAAACAGCCCAGAAUAAGAGAGCACCAGAGAGGGAGGGGGCCCGGGGGGCCGGGGGCUCUGGAGCCGGAUUCACGAAAGCGUCCUAAGAAACAGAACAGUGCUAAACGUAGUGCGUGAUCGCCUCACUCGUUCCACAGGGGCCACAUUUCCAAAUUUUAUGCUUGUUUUUUUUACUCUACACUCUUAGAAUGAGGUGGUUCUUCAAGGGUAAAGACGAUGGUUCUGUAUAGAACCGUGAACGCUCAAAGAACCACUUGCACGCCUUAAUGGUCCUUCAGCUUGAUGGUGUUGAAAAUGUUUUCAUGAAUACGUCACAGACUUGGUAUUGUACCAAUAGCAGAUCAAUUUUUGGUGCUACAUUUUCAAAAAGUUUCCAUUUAGAACCUCAUAGAUAGAUUCUCCAUCAACCUGAGGAAACAUUUUACCAUGCAGAGAACCAUUUAAGUUCUUUGAGUGUCCAUGGACCAUUGUCUUCACCGAAGAACCCUUGGAGAACCAUCUUUUCCGAGAGUGUACCAUCACUUGGAGUUUUCCCGGUUUAGUGUCAAAAUGAACUUGAGAAGCUACAACUUGCUUAACAUGUAUCUGCUGCUGUAAUCAUAAGAGACAGGAUAUUAUAUUUUAUUGAUAAUUAAACAUUCAUGAUGAUAAUUAAAAGAGGAAAGAAGAUAUUUGUGAACUUAAGCUGUGUUUACGAAUGUUCUUAAAAUGGGGUGGGGGGGCAUUCUGAAACGAUGAGUUAUUAUAAGAGAUAAUUAUAUUAUAGCAAUCUAUAUAUCUGCAUCUUAUAUUAACAAGAGCAUUAAUACAUAGACUAUAUUUACAGUCUGUCUGAGCUCUAUUUUUAAGGACGUUCUGCAGAUCUCAGCAGUUUUAUCCUGUUCGUUUCCUCCCUUUUGGAUCGCUUUCGUGAACGCGGCGCCCCCUGGUGUCAGGCUCCGGUAAGUGCUUCAGAGGAGCCGUGAUAUCUGCAGGGCGGAGGGGUUUUUAGCACGUUGGUGCCAGACGAGUUACAGCAGCGUCUGGAGCUUCUUCUCGUUCGCUUCAUUCACCGCCAGCUCCCACUGAGAACGCUGCGGUUCUCCAGGCUGGGUUCUGCAGGCCGGAGGGUGUUUAUCAGAACAAACUAUAUACACACACAGAUACGCGCUCUCUAAGUCUGGGGGUGUUAAUAAGCUGACAAACACAUUAAAAAAAGAGUCAAAUAAAAAAAGAAGAGAAAGUUUAAUCCA